CACUCUCUCUUUCUCUCUCUUCAAAUCUUGCCUUCAAUUAGAGGCAGCACCGCAACCAUCGCCAACAACCUCACUUCUCUCGUUUCCCGUAACCGCAUUCUCCAUGGAUUCUCGGGAACCCCACCACCAACCUUCCCAUCACCACCACCCUCACCACCACCACCACCAACAACAACCACCUCCUCCCAACAUGAUGGUCGGCAUGGGACCCACCCAAUACCCUCCCUCCAUGAUGGCUCCCACCACCGCCCGAUUUCCCUUUACCUCCGUCGUCCACCACCAGCAUCAGCAGCACCAGCAACAACAGCAGCAGCAACAGCAGCAGCACCACCAGCACCAGCACCAGCACCAGCAGCCGCCCGUUCCACCAACCAACAACAACGGCAACGCCGCUAACGAUAACAACAACACCGUCGCGCUUUACGACGGUUCCUCUUCCGCCCUUAAGCCCUGCGGAUUCCCCACCACCGACUCCGCCUCCGCCGCCAAGAAGAAGAGGGGCCGACCCCGGAAGUACUCCCCAGACGGCAACAUUGCCUUGGGACUCUCUACCACCCACGCCUCUCCCUCUCCCGCAGCACCACCACGCGCCGAUUCCUCUGCCGGAGGUUCUGGUGGCGGUGGCGCAACCCCCUCAUCGGAGCCUCUGGCCAAGAAGCACAGAGGGAGGCCUCCUGGCUCCGGCAAGAAGCAGAUGGAUGCGCUUGGAGCUGGUGGGAUAGGUUUUACUCCGCACGUGAUCUUGGUGGAGUCUGGUGAGGAUGUUGCAGCUAAAAUUAUGGCCUUCUGCCAGCAAGGACCUCGGACUGUAGUCAUUCUUUCGGCUAAUGGUGCAAUCUGUAAUGUCACCCUUAAGCAGCCGACAACGUUGGGGGGUACUGUGACAUACGAGGGCCGAUUUGAGAUUAUAUCUCUGUCAGGUUCUUUACUACAUUCUGAAAAUAAUAGUGAUCGAAGCAGACCGGGCGGCUUGAAUGUCUCCCUUGCAGGUUCCGAUGGACGAGUUUUAGGGGGUGGAGUUGCUGGAACGCUAACUGCAGCAUCACCAGUACAGGUCAUUGUGGGUAGCUUUAUUGAAGAUGGCAAAAAGUCAAAUAGCUCAAGUAACAAUAAAUCAGGGCCUUCGUCAACGCCAUCAACCCAAAUGCUAAAUUUUGGCGCUCCUAUGACUCCAACCAGUCCUACCUCUCAGGGGGCUUCCUCGGAAUCAUCUGACGAUAAUGAUCAGAGUCCUCCUAAUAGGGGGCCUGGACUCUACAAUAAUGCUAGUCAGCCCAUUCAUAAUAUGUCGAUGUACCAUCAUCAACUAUGGGCUGGCCAAACUCAGCAGUGAGGACAGAUUUUAGGUUUGAAGAGUUCAGUGCAGUGCAGUGCGGGGGCGGGGUAUUUUUAUGAUGACUGUUGAAUGUAGUGGCUAGAGGUCAAAUUCUAAAAUGCUAACAUGCCUUAUUGGGACUGAUUUCGAAGAGCCUAUCCUAAGGCUGGAGUUUGUUUCUCUCCAUUUUUAUGUUGAUUAGGGUUUUAAAAUCAUAAUUCAGGUGAUGCUAACGUUGCCAGUGAUGAUAGCUUUUAGUCUUUUGAGCUUGUUGCGGAAUUUGAUCCGUUUGUGUUCAUUAGGUGCUUGUAUUGUGUUCUGCUCAUCUGAGGUACGUGUCCAUUUUUAGAAAAUUGAGGUUUACUGCUGUGUGGUAUAUAACUCUUUGGCUUUGCUUAAGCAGUUAAGCUUACCAAAGCGCUCUGGCAAUGGACAUCAAAUUGCUAUCCUGCCUCAUCCAUAGAUUGAGUAAAAUUCUUUCUGGUUGCUUUGGCUUUGACAAAGAUGUGGUUUGGUCAACCAAGACUAACUUUGCAGCCAAA